UGGUUGACGUUAAAAAACGAAACAAGAAGAAUGAGAGAUGUAACUUUUGAAAAUUUGGCAAAAAUUCAUCAUUUCAACUUUUCUUCCCUUCUCUUCCCUUCUCUUCUGGCUUUCCAUUUCUAAACUCACAAUCAAACAUAUAUUAAGUAGAGAGAGAGAGAGAGAUCGCCGCUGUAAAUGCUCGCUUAAUUUUCUUGCAGAUAAUAUUUGGGGUUCUAUCUAAUCCAUCUCUAUCUGUAUAUAUAUGUAUUAUACGUAUGCAAUUAAAUUAGGUGAUCAAAAACGUCUUUGUUAAGAAUCAUGGAGCGAGUCCAACCGAGUUCAGACUCGCCCACUAGAGACCCAAAAUCCCCAACAGUUCUGUCGAUAGAGUGCCUGAAAGGAAGCUCCAAAGCCGAUGAGUGGACCGCCGAUAUGCUGCAGACGGGAGACAUCGUGGAGGAGCUCCGAAUCGGAAGCUCCAUAAGCGUCAAGUCUCCGUUCAAGAACGGCCGGAACGGCGUUCAGAAGAUUCUUCACAGUUCCUUCAAGGCCAAGGACACCUCCAUUCUGGUCCGAGUCCGCCGAGGUCGCGACGAGUUUGCUGAGUUGCAGGCUUGCAUCGUCCCCAACGAUUCCGCCGGAAAGAAGCAUUACAUGCUCAGGUCCAUCUCCGAUCCUAACUACACCGUCGGGUUCUUGGAUCGGAGCGAGUCCGAGUGCUUUGAGCUCCAAGCUUCAAGGAACUCGAGAAUGGUUAGUGCACUGACCAGAUCACGGCUUCAGGAUGGAUAUGUCUCAUAUCCAUGGGAAAGGAGGAUGCAGGAGUUGCUUCCCAUCCCCAGUUCUAGCUCCUUUCUUUCUAUAAUCCUCCUUCCAAAAGCUUCAGAUCGAGCUGCUUCUCGCUACAAUGACUUGGAGGAUACACAGGCUAGGGCAAAUGCAUGGCUCAAUGCAUCACAGGCCUCUGGGGUCCCAAUCGUAUUUAUGAACAUACAGACUGAGUCCUUACUUACAAAGAUAUCAGGAGAGACAGCUUCUUCUACUGUAAACGCAGGAUCAUCAUCUGAUUUAGCCAAUCUGGCAAAUGCGAGCUUAUAUGGUUUUGAAGAUUAUCAUGGAGUUGAUCUUGGGGUUGUCCGAGCAGUUCGACUCUGGUAUGCUCCUCUUGGAGGAGAAUUUCCUGUUGAAAUAAAGAUACACGAAGAUGACACAAAGCUUGGUUUUGCCAUUAGCCGUACAGACGAGGGAUUUGUUUACAUUUCAUCAGUUAUUGAUGGUAAUGAAAAUGUGCCUUCAUGUCGGUCGGGGCUCAGCAAUCUGUACAAAGAGGCGAGGGAGGCGUCUAGACUGCUUGUGGUCUCAAGGAUAGCAAACCAGAAGAUCCUCCCGUGGAUGGUUUCCUCGACAGGAGCAGUUCGAUGCUUUGACACCGUAUCGUUAAGCCAGAAGCUGUCAUUGCACCGUCAUGCCAAGGUCCCUAUAUUCCUUCAUGUGUUCCUUUGGGACCGAUCCUUGACUUCGUCCAGUGGCAGCCAGACUAGAUUCAGGGCUGCCACACCAUCUGUCUUGCCAUUUCCACCUGAAGUUCAAUUGACACGCCAAGCAAAUGAGAGCCAAAUACAGCCUCUGUCUCCUGAUGAUGUUCAAGGUGAGCGUAGAUCAGGAGCUGGUGAAAGGUCAGAAAUGAAGCUUGAGAGAGACACUGCUGGAGAGCUUUCUUUCAGAUUCCAUGAUUUUGCACUUUCUAGUAAUUGGGUAUGAUUUUUUUCCCCUUUUUAUUUUUAUUUUUUGACAGUUGAUGCUUCUUUCUUUGAUUGAUAGAGAAAAUCUCCCCAAAAAAAAAAAAAAAAAAAAAAGAGUAGGCAUGUCUUUUUAACAAAAGAAGUGCAUUUUGUGUCUACAAUUUGUUGAAGAAAGUUUAGAAUAAACGGGUAUAUAUAUAUAUGUAUAGAGAGAGAGCAGAGAGAGAGAGUGUGUGUUCACACAACACAACUGGAUACUUGAAAUAUACUUGAUAGUCAUCCUAUUCUUAACAUGUAAGGACAUUGUAACAGCAAAUUGGCCGUCUUUUCUUCUCUG